GCGCUCCUCUUCGACUGCGACGGCGUCAUCGUCGAGACGGAGGAGCUCCACCGCAAGGCGUACAACGCCUCGUUCAAGCACUUCGGUCUCGUCAUCCCGGGCAAGGGCAAGGUUGAGUGGAGCGUGGAGUACUACGACGUCCUCGCCAACACCGUCGGCGGCGGGAAGCCCAAGAUGCGGUACCACUUCGACAACAACGGCUGGCCGUCCUUCUUCGGCGGCAGCAAGGUCCCGACCACGGACGAGGAGAAGACCAAGAUGGUGGACUCGUUACAGGACAUGAAGACGGAGUUUUACAAGGACAUCGUCGAGUCGCAAGCGCAAGCCAGACCCGGGGUGCUCCGGUUGAUUGACGAGGCCAUCGCGGCGCCCGACAUUGCCGUCGGGAUCUGCUCCGCGGCGACCAAAGAGGGAUUCCUGAAGGUGGUCAACUCUAUCGUCGGACCCGACCGACUGUCCAGGCUCGACGUCGUCAUGGCGGGCGACGACGUCACCAAGAAGAAGCCCGAUCCCCUCAUCUACAACCUCGCCAGGGAAAAAGUCGGCCUCCCGUCGUCAAAGUGCGUCGUCAUCGAGGAUUCGCUCGUGGGCCUCCGCGCGGCGAUGGGCGCGAACAUGCCGUGCGUCAUCACCCCGUGCCCUUCGUCCGACGUCCCGGACUUC